CUCCGGCAACGCGCCGGCCCCGCAGCCCGCCGCCCGUCAGCCUCGGGGAAAAAGCUCCUGCGGACCCGUCUCUCACUCUAGCAUGGGAUGGGCGAGCCCUGCGAGCGCGGUGCCUGCUCGCCAGCCGCUGGCAUAAAGGAAGGAGCGGACAGGGAGUCCUGGGACACGCCGCUGGGUUUCCUGGAGAGCGCUCAGAUGGACAACGGUAGCAACGUGUCCUUCCUGCAGUUCUUGAAGACCAUCAACCUGGAGCGAGCCGACGGGAUGCAGGGGGACAGUUCUGAUGUGGUGAGGAUUGUCAUCUCACUGGUGUACUCCGUGGUGUGUGCCCUGGGGCUGGUGGGCAACCUGCUGGUGCUCUACCUGAUGAAAAGCAAGCAAGGCUGGAGGAAAUCCUCCAUCAACCUCUUUGUGACCAGCCUGGCAGUGACUGACUUCCAGUUUGUGCUGACCUUGCCAUUCUGGGCAGUGGAGAACGCGCUGGACUUCAACUGGCUCUUUGGCAAGGCAAUGUGUAAGAUCGUCUCCUAUGUGACAGCAAUGAAUAUGUAUGCCAGUGUAUUCUUUCUCACUGCCAUGAGUGUGGCUCGAUACCGCUCUGUGGCUUCAGCUCUGAAGAAUCAGCGUCGGGGAGACCCAGUGGGGGGCUGCUGCUCUGCCAAGUGGCUUUGUGCACUCAUCUGGCUGUCAGCUAUCCUGGCUUCCCUGCCCCAUGCCAUUUUUUCCACCACUGCCACUGUCUUUGACGAUGUUCUCUGUCUUGUCAAGUUCCCAGAGGGCCGAGGCAGCAAUCCGCAAUUCUGGCUGGGUCUGUACCACAUCCAGAAGGUGCUGCUGGGCUUCGUGGUGCCGCUGGUCAUCAUUAGUCUCUGCUACUUGCUCCUGGUGCGUUUCAUCAGUGACAAGCACGUGGGCACCUGCAGCGGCCCCAGCAUCAAGCGCCGCUCCAAGGUCACUAGGUCAGUGUCCAUCGUGGUACUGUCUUUCUUCUUGUGCUGGCUGCCUAACCAAGCACUUACAACGUGGGGGAUACUCAUCAAACUCAACGUGGUGCACUUCAGUAAUGAGUAUUUUCUCUCCCAAGUGUACCUUUUCCCCAUCAGCGUGUGCCUGGCACACUCCAACAGCUGCCUCAAUCCCGUUCUCUACUGCCUCAUGCGCAGGGAGUUCCGCAAGGCACUGAAGAACCUCCUCUGGAAGAUCACCUCACCUUCCCUCACCACCAUGCGCCCUUUCACUGACACCACCAAGCCUGAGAAGGAGGAGCAGGCCCUGCAUGCCGUGAUGCCUGUCCACCCUGCCCCUGCUGCUCCCCGGGCUGCAGCCGUACAGGCAGAGGUGGCCUAUUACCCUCCCGGCGUGGUGAUGUACAGCAGCCGCUACGACCUGCUGCCUGCCAGCUCCAUGGAGCAGCACUGCUAGAUGGCAGGGGGUCUGGGGGGUGGGACAGUGCCAGAUGUGGCCUGGGGAUAUUGAAUGCCUGGUCAGGACAAGGGGAGGAGGGAUGAGUAAAGGAGGACUUCUUAGUGAGAGAUGCUCUUUUGCAGUUUUGUCUGCCCUCAGAGACACUAGAUGGACGUUGUCUGAAAGGUGCACCCUGAGCUGGAGAACAGGACUAGGAGGAGGUAGUGGUAGGAUGUCUCUAUGAGAUGUCUUUAGUGCUUGUUUCUGUGCUGGGAGCAAGAACUAAUGAGGGUGAUGGGACUCCAGCCAGGGAGGAUGUAGGAUGUGCAAUGCAUUACGGGGAGGUGAGGGGCUGGUUGGGGUGGACUGAUGCUGGAAGGCCUCAAGCACGUCCCCUGAAGCUGGAGUUGCAAGCAGCCCUCUCAUCCUGUGUGUUUGUCUGUGGCAGGGAGAGGGAGCUGAGCUGCUCUCUCCCUGCUGCAGGACCCUGUAAACCAAGACUGGCUGGUCACUGCUCCCUGGGCUCCCCUGGGCACGGGGAUCAGACAGUCUCUCUUCUAUUUCAAACCUGCCCUGAGGGGAGCAGCCAGGACAAGUGGGAACAAAGCUCCUGCUUGUUCAGGCUUGGUGCCUUUCCCCUCUUUUAGGGACUUAGGAAAGAGUGGGGACAAGGAACACUGUGCUCCCUUCCAGAUCAGUGCAGGAUCUGCUUUUCUAGCUACCCCCAUCCCCUCAGCUGCUGCCAGGGUAUAGAGCAACCCAGACAGCCAAGGCAAAACCCAAGGACAGAAUUUGCAGUUUCAUGGGGUGUUCCUUAGCCUGGGUUUGGAGGGAGGGUGUGAGCCCCCUAAUACUGUUCUCCAGCCUCUCUCCAGCCCACUGAGGGGAAAGGAAACCUCACAGCCCCAGACCAUGUGUAGCAAGAUAGCAUCUCUCCCAGGGCACUGAGGUUGCAGGCUUAAUUCUUUCUGCACUUCAGACUGUUCAUAUUUCACUUCAGGAAAUCAGCACAACUGUAAAUAAAAUUAAAAAUUUUUACAAAGACCAAAAAUUAAGGGGAAAAAGAAACAAUCCUAGCCACUUAAAAUCACUUGCUCUGGGAUUCUUCUGGGUUCACUUAAAAUCAAGCACAAAGGCUUUAGUUCUGCUGAGGGUUUGCACUGACGCUUGCCAGUGUUUCAGUGAAGAGAAGUUCCUUUGGUCUGAGCAGCCCUAGGCCUGCAGUAUGUAUGUAGCCUAGAGAAUGUCAGGGAUUGGCCUUUACCAGCUUCUGUUCCAGAGAAAUACCUGGGAAAUAAUUGGAGGUUUAUCUGAAUCAAACUUUUAGGGGGAUAAGAAAAGUGUAUUUUUAAGCUGUGAAAGUUUUUAUGAUAAGGAUAUUUAUCUACUUCUUAAAUUAUUUUUUUUAAUUAUGAGGGAAAAAAUUUGAAAUCAAAAGAUUAAAGUAUUUGUUUUAAAUGAUAGAAAAAUGCAACAUUUUUUGGUUUUGUUUUCAGAACACAAGUUCAUUAAUCCCUAGUACCACUUAUAAGAUUAUUAUUUAAAUACAAUUUUCAAAACUGUUUUCUAUUUCCAACCCCUUUCCUUGCAGUCUAACUCCAACAUAUGCCUGGUUCUGCUAAAAAGGCAUUUAUGCAGAGGGUUGUUUGUCACCUCUGAGUACUGACAUGGAGCAAACUUGUUAUUUCUGUAUAUGGUGGCAAUUACACUUUUCAGACUUUGUUAGGUGUACUGUACGUGAUGGUAACUCCUGCUGCUAAAUUAGUGUUUGGUCUGAAAGCAGCUGGUUCUGCUACUUGCAAGGAGAGGUUAUCUUUUUUUUCAGGGCAGAAAAGAUUUCUCCAGCCUUGGGCAUUUGGUAACGGGGAAGGUGUCGAUGUACAAGUUGUCUAAAGAAGAACAGCAGAAGUAAGCUGGCGGCUGAUGGGUGUGCUUACAAAGAUAUAAGGACUCCGAAGAACAGAAGAACUUGAGCAUCUAAGUACUGUACAACUGCCUCUCUAACCUCCUAAAUCCUGACUUGGUUGACCGGUGAAGUCUGUAGGUAUUUAAGUUUUUUCUAGUAAAAUUUUUGUGCCUAGAAAUCUGUUCCUAAGCAUGCCUAAAUCUGCUUAACUCUGUAGCACUUAUUUCUGUGCUUUAUGGGGAUAUCUUUGUUGGGACUGGCCACAGUGUGUAUCCUGUGAGGAAGGCAACUCUGCAUCCCAACACAGAAGACCCUGUGCCAGGCCACACUAAGUCAGAAGCUGCUGUGAACUCGACUCAUUCCCCCCAUCCCUUUGAAUCUGUGCCUGGAUGUGCUGCUUCUGUCCCAGCUUCAAUGUACGUGCGGAUUGUGCUCCUUCCCCUUCCCUUGUGAAAUGCUAAAUUAGUGAGCACAGCUAUCCCCCACAGCCUGAGAGAUUUAGCUUCCCCUUUUCCACAUCCCAGGGGAAUGGUUAAAUCUCUGGGCUACUUUGUGAAUGUGCUCAUAUUCUCUGGCUUGAAACAGUUCCCUGUUGCCAGAGUAGCUCGCUGUUGCUGCAUCACAAGGGCAGCAAAAGCCCUCGAACUCUGCUUGGCAGCACAGUGGUUAGUGUGUAAUCUCCAAAGAGGAAUUGUGGAGAGAUUCACUGCUAAUACAGAAUAAAAAUUGGAUCCAGAUGUGUGUUCUGGGUCUCCCCUUCCCAAGAAUAGUGGUUGACUUGCUCCCAGGUUCUGGUUCAAUUGAAGUUCCACUACGCUAUCCAGGAGCCUGAGGUCUUUCUAGACCUGCAGGUAAAGCAGAUUAAUGUGCUAAAAGAUUUGCAAAAAACUACAUUUUUGUUCUGGGAGAAAGCCCUAAUAUCUGUGUUGCACGUGAAGAAAGUUGCACAGUUGUAUGAGAAAAGGAUACCAUGAGCUUUUAAGUCCAGAGAGAUAUAAUUGUGUUUCUGUAGGCCAGGAGCAAGUAUCUAAAUUAAGGAUAUGGGAGGAAUCUCAGUGUUUGCUUUUGAACAGCAUAAUUUCUUGCUUAAAUUGCUGGAAAUUUUUUUUCUUAUCUGAUGUUUAACUGUUCUUGUGCUUUAAAUAAACAGCUGUCCAAGUGUCUAGAGUGUAACUAUGAAUUUCAGUAGAUAGCAAGCUGCCUGAAAGCCUCUGUGGUGCUCAGCAUGGCAAAACCUGUGUGCUUUUGUGGAUGUCGAUGUAGACAUAGUUUAGUGCCAGGAAAACAGCACAGUAAAACAGGUGGUGUUCAGAACAAUGCAUAGUUAGCCCAGAGUGCCAAUGUACCACUCUCAGAGAAACCCCAGGUGUCUGAUCACUAGAGACAAAAACCUCUCAUUUGGCACAUCACCCAAACAUGAAAAUACCCUGAGAGUGUGUAGGGACUGGACAAUGAAAUCUGUGGGCAGCUCUCUCACAAGCCACUGAUCCACCAGGUAUAAGUGUGUCAUGGACCUGCUGUUUGGAAGAGGCACAACUCAUCCACACUUGGCCAGAUGUUGAUUUAGGCCAGACCAGCAGCCACGCUGUGCAGGUCAGUGUGUGUCCAGCACAGUCAAAGGGCACUGCUCUAGCAACACCUGAGCAGAGAGAAAUUUUGCUUCACCUGUGCCGUGAGUCCCAGCUAACAGCAUGAAAUCUGUGCUCUGUGUGAGCCUGGGUCUUGGCAGAAGAUGCAGUUGUUCUGUGUGAAUAGGGUGUGUGGCCUCAGCAGAGGAUCAUUCCAGCUCAACAACAAAUCCUACAGAGUAUCCUGGGGUUUCAUGAGUACAAUGCACUUAAAAAUGCUGUUUCCUACAAAUGUUCAUGCUUUUGUUUGUAACAAUCACCUUUUCAUGUAUUAAAAUAAACAUUGCUGAA